AUGUCUACCUUUGGCUACAGAAGAGAGCUCAGUAAAUACGAAGACAUUGAUGAAGAUGAGCUCCUCGCUUCUCUCACCGAGGAGGAGCUGAAGGAGCUGGAGCGGGAGCUGGAGGACAUAGAGCCCGACCGUAACCUUCCGGUGGGACAACGGCAGAAGAGCCUGACGGAGAAAACGCCGACGGGGACUUUCAGCCGGGAAGCCCUGAUGGCCUAUUGGGAGAGGGAGACCAGGAAACUCUUAGAAAAAGAGAGAUUGGGUGCAUGCGACAAGCAAGAAGAAGACAAUUCAGAAGACAUUCAAGAAGAAUAUUUCACAGAAAGCAAUAGUGAAGUGUCUGAGGAGGCGUAUACUGAAGAGGAUGAUGAAGAAGAAGAAGAAGAAGAGGAAGAUGAAGAUGACAGUGAUGAUGAGGAUGAGGAAAAGCAAAAUGCUGCAGCUGGUGAAAGACCUGAGGAUGGCAGGAGUUCUGACCACAUCAGACGCAAAAAGUGCAACAGUGCAAAGGACAAUGAAAACUUACUCAAUGGCCAUGAUGGAAAAGACACCGAUAAUCUGAGCUUAAAAAGCAGUGCUAUCCACCCUUGUGGAAAUCCAACAGUUAUUGAGGAUGCUUUGGACAAAGUUAGGAGCAAUGACCCUGACACCACAGAGGUGAAUCUGAACAACAUUGAAAACAUCACUUCGCAGAUGCUUAUACAAUUUUCUCAAGCCCUGAGGGACAACACAGUGGUUAAGUCAUUCAGCCUGGCUAACACGCAUGCUGAUGACAACGUUGCAAUAGCUAUUGCUGGUAUGUUAAAGGUAAAUCAGCAUAUAACUAGUCUGAAUAUUGAGUCAAAUUUUAUCACAGGCAAAGGAGUGCUGGCCAUCAUGAGAGCGUUGCAGAACAACAAGGUUCUAACAGAACUGCGGUUUCACAAUCAAAGGCACAUCAUGGGCAGCCAGGUGGAAAUGGACAUAGUUAAACUGUUGAAAGAGAACACCACUCUGGUCAAGCUUGGAUACCACUUUGACCUUGCUGGCCCAAGAAUGAGCAUGACAAGUAUCCUGACAAGAAAUAUGGACAAACAAAGGCAAAAGCGUAUGCAGGAGCAGCGGCAACAAGAAUCUGGUUGUGAUGGAGCCAUCAGUCCAAAGACCAAAGUCUUGCAGAAGGGGACGCCUCGGUCCUCACCUUAUGUGUCACCUAAGACCUCACCUUGGUCAUCUCCAAAGCUCCCUAAGAAAGCACCGCCAGUGAAAAGUCAGCCUCCACCGGUUAUUCCAGAGAAGAAGGCACCAACUAGGAAUAUAGCUGAAGUCAUCAAACAGCAAGAAAGUUCAAAAAAAGCCUUACAGAAUGGACAGAAAAAGAAAAAAGGCAAAAAAAGCAAAAACCAUGAGAACAGCAUAUUGAAAGAAAUUAAAGAUUCUCUAAAAGCAAUCUCAGACAGAAAAUCGGAGGAAGGUUCACGACCCUCCACCCGUCCCUCCACCCCACAAAGGUCUCUCCAUGACAACCUUAUGGAAGCAAUUCGGGCAAGCAGCAUAAAGCAAUUAAGGCGGGUGGAGGUACCAGAAGCCCUUCGGUGAAAGCCUGGACGACAGAAGAAGCAGAGCACUGCAGUGGUCAAGGAGAGGCUACUCAUCCAUUCACUGGUGGUAAAAUAGACUGUGUAGCAAGUCGCUUCCAAAGUACACCCUUAGAUUCAAACAAUUUCUCUUUUAUUUCAAAGGAAUAAACCCGCUAAAUACGAAACAAUGCUUUAAGGAUACAUUUGCUUUGUAAUCUGUAAAUAUGGAAAUAAUUUUCUUUUUUAUUUAAUGAGAUUUCUAUUGAGAAAUUGCUGCUUAUUUAGAUAUUCUUUUCAAUAUCUGAUUGCACAUCACUGGACAAGUUCUUCACACUGAGAUGUAAUAGUUUACCAGCCUGUGGUUUCUUCUUUUUCCUUUUUUUUUUCCAUGAAUUUACAAUAAACGUGGUUUGAAGCUUUCAAGCAGA